UAGCUCUCGAGAAUCUCUACAUCUUUAGAUUCUCGAAAGUUUGUUAACCGGUUUGGCGUCCGUCUCCCUCGUGUUUUAGCUUGAAGGUUUCUGUAUUUUUACGUAAAAUAUGGAUGACGAGGAUGAAACAUAUAAAUUGUGGCGCAUCAGAAAAACUGUGAUGCAGCUAUGCCACGAUAGAGGUUAUCUUGUCACGCAGGACGAGCUGGAUCAGACGUUAGAUUCGUUCAAGGAACAGUUUGGAGACAAGCCUAGCGAGAAAAGACCGGCUAGAAGUGAUCUUAUUGUUCUUGUGGCGCAUAACGACGAUCCUACGGAUCAGUUGUUCGUCUUCUUCCCCGAUGAACCGAAAAUCGGCAUCAAAACCAUUAAGACGUAUUGCCAGCGCAUGCAAGAAGAGAAGAUCCACAGAGCAAUAAUUGUUGUCCAACAAGGCAUGACGCCGUCGGCCAAGCAAUCGCUGAUAGAUAUGGCACCGAAAUAUAUACUGGAACAGUUUCUGGAAUCUGAAUUACUGAUAAACAUUACCGAACACGAAUUGGUACCAGAGCACAUUGUCUUAACUCCGGACGAAAAAGAAGAACUAUUGACAAGAUAUAAGUUAAAGGAAAAUCAACUGAUGCGAAUACAAGCUGGCGAUCCAGUAGCACGAUAUUUUGGUUUGAAACGUGGACAAGUUGUUAAAAUAAUCAGACCAUCAGAAACCGCAGGAAGAUACAUAUCCUAUAGGUUGGUUUGUUGAGGAGGAAAAGGAAGAGAAAAUAGGA